AGUUUUCGAGGGCUGGGAAAAUAUCUGUGUUUAUGUUUUUGACAUCUACAGUAUUAGAGAUCAUUAUAGUUAAGAAUUUUACACAACAACUCACGAAAUCGGCAUAAGGGAUAUGGCUUUCCUUUCACAUUUAUUUCGCCUGACGAGUCCGUGCAGGCUCAAUUUUACGGUGGUGAAAAGAGCGCGGAUUUCUACCCAGGCGUGGAAACUUAGGUAAGCGACGUUGACAGCUUUUAUUAAUAUUUACACGUCCUAAUUCCCUAAAAAUACGACGUUUCUUGUGUAUGGUAUUUGUUCCGAUCAUUUACCAGCUACCACUCAAUCAAAAUGACUUAUUAUGUUUUCUUAUUUUUCGUACUUUCGCCAUGUUUUGCCCAUGAUCGUGACAGCUGUGAUUUGAAAAAUGAGAACAGUUGCGGAGAAAUCUCCAAAGGUUCCCGAGCCAAGUACUACACGUCACCUCCUCGAUCUAAUAUUAUCAAUAUCUCCUCCACUUUGACUCUGAAUGAUGGUGUGAAAAUCCCCAUAUUUGGUCUCGGCGUUUACCAAGCUGGAUCGGGUGAAGAAACUCGGAAUGCUGUUCAUUGGGCUUUGGAAAACCACUAUCUGCAAAUCGACACAGCGGCAAGGUAUAACAACGAGGCGAGCGUCGGGGAAGCUCUCCGGGAGAGUGGAAUUCCAAGAGGAGAUAUAUUUGUUGUUACUAAGCUUUAUGAUGAUGAUCAUGGCUAUGAAGAGACAUUCAAAGCCUUUAAUAAGAGUUUAGGAAAUCUUGGAUUGGAAUAUGUGGACUUGUAUUUGAUGCACUCUCCUGUUCCUAAUAAAGUUGCGCCAUCUUGGAAUGCCAUGGUCAAACUACAACAUCAAGGACUGAUUAGGUUUGUUAGACAUUGUGAACCUUUGAUGUAACCUUAAAGCUCUGUGUUGAAUGUCGGGGAUCAUUAUAUAAUGUUUUUGGUCAAUUCCAAAACUGCCCAUGCCCACUCUCCAACACCCCCCUCGCACCCCUCUGGGCAAACCGCAGACAUUUGACCUUUUUGAAAAAUUUUGGUCAAAUUAACCGAUAUAAGAAUAAUAAUAAUUUAUUCAUUUAUAGUGCGCUUUUUAACAUGCUAGGUGAUCAAAAGCGCAUAUGCUGGCAGUUUAGAUGGUCAAAAGCCCCACCAGCUGGUGCUUUAAAAAGCGUCAUAUUCCCCACCCACCAGCAACUGUUCAAAAAUUUUCCUAUGCAUCAAACCAUUUAUUGAAAUAUAAAUAUCCUACUAAACACAACUGAUAGAUAAGAUAUAUGACUAUGUACAUGAUCUUAAGAUUGAGAGGCCCCCUUUAUUAUUAUGUUCUAGGAUUCUUAAGUCCAUGGCUUCAUACAUAAAGGGUUCUUAUGUCCACAGAUUCUUACAUUCUGGGGUUCUUACCGUAGUUAUUCGGUUAUAAGGCGCACGGUUUUUUCAAGAAAAAUCUGUGUUUGGGUGGCAAGUUAGUGCUAAAAUUGGGGUGCGUCUUAUAGCCAAGUAUUUUCACGUAACAAAAUCUUAAGAUCACAAUUUGAGAAGAACUUACAGUUUAAAAAACACAAGAAAAAGACACUUGUUGUUGGUCAUUGACUUUUAUAGAUUUGGUGGUUCUGAAAAGAACCGGGGUGGCUCUGAAAAGAGCCGUUGUGGUGGUUGUUAUUGUUGUUAGUCUAGUCUCGGCUAGUCUUCCUGCUCGCUGUCCGUGUCGAACUUGUUCUCUAACUCGUCGUCUGCUUCAUCAGCUCCAGCUCCUCCUUCUUCCCACACAUUUAAGAGUUCGUUCUUAUGUCCAGGGGUUCUUACAUCUAUGGGGGUUCUUACAAUCAGGGGUUCUUACGUUUAGGGUCUCUUGAUCUAGGGGUUCUUAUGUUCAGGCGUUCCAGUAUCCAGGGGUUCCUAGGUCCAAGGAUUCAAGGGUUCAUGUUACAUACAGGGGUCUUACAUCCAAGUGUCUAACAUCCAUGGGUCUUACAUUUAGGGUUCUUAGAUCCAGAGGUCUAACAUCUAGGGGUUGUUACAUCCAGGGGUCUUGAACAUUAAUUUUGUGUUUAUGGUGUUAAAAGUCUUAGCCCAAAAUAUUGAACAUUUUUUUCUUAGUACAUUUUAUUAGAUCAUACACACUAAAUUGUCUAGCUCUAAAAGUUGUAUCAGAGAGAACUUACACAGACACAUAUUUAGAACACCAUGAUUAUCGUGCUAGGUUACAGCAUUAUGUGCUACCAGAACUGUGAUAAUACUGCUUACCUGGCGGAGGUGCCUUAAUAUUAUUGUUGUCUGUGAGCAGAUGUGUCGUACAUGUUCUUUUCAUCAAAUUGAAUGUAAUCAAAGUGGGCCCUUUUACCAUUCCUGUAACAAUGGUCUGAUAUAUUGUGCUGAAUUCUUCAAUACUAGGCGCUAAAAAAUCUCUACUUUGCCAUAGAUUUACUGCAAAACAGAACUAAAAUUCUUCAUUCCACUAAUCAUUUCUCAUAAUUAAAGGAUAUGUUAUUUCCACCAAAAACCGACAUGAUAUAUUCACCCUAUCUCAGACAAAACUGCUCUAUGUACCCUUAUAGCUUAAAUUGGCUAUGUUCCCCUUAAGUACUGACAAUGAAAAUGUCAAGUGAAGUAAUUAAUAUGCACUAAUACUUUAUUGUAAAUUUUUAUAAAAAGCCCCUCCCUUAUUAGACUGCAAAACAGUCGGUUUUUUUCUCAAAGUCAGUAAAGAAAUCGGUAAAGCAUUGUGUCAAGUCUUACGCGCGCGAAGUGUGUGAGGCAUGAGAAAAAAAUUAUGCAGCUUACCCCUUAGACAGCGUAAAUUGUGAAUUUUCAGGCGACCUUUUUAAACCAUAGUCAUGGUUUAAAAAUGUGAAAAACUCAUCUCCGAAAAUUGUAGGUAACUUAGUAGAGAAACUCCAAAUAUCUCAUACAAAUGGAAUGGUUAUCCAGAAAUUUUUAUCAUUUCUCUUGUUUUAGAAAUUUGUUGGCAGAAGUUGUUCCUUGGAACAGCCAUUUUACAGAUAAAAUGUUGAUUCCACUAUUUUUUCCACUUCUCCAACCUCGUCAGCAGUCCUCAGUCCUGCAUAAAUUGGCUAUUUUUAUUUUCCUGUGAAAGAGAGGCUGCUUUGUAGUCUCUGGAUAGGAUUUUAGAAUUUGCAGUUUGCCAGGGACGUAUUAGUGUUAUUUUUUUCCUGCAACAGAUCCAUUGGUGUCUCAAAUUUUGGCAUUCACCAUCUUGAAGAACUGAAAAAGCACUCAACAGUGGUACCAUCUGUAAACCAAAUUGAAGUGCAUCCAUUUUUGCAAGAAAAUGAGCUGGUAAAUUACUGCAGAAAAGAAGGAAUUGCAAUUCAAGCGUACUCACCACUAACAAGAGGCGAAAAACUUGGCCAUCCCACCUUGAAAGCUAUUGGAGACAAGCACGAAAAAACUCCAGCACAAAUCCUGUUGAGGUGGUGCAUACAAAAAGGUUAUAUUUGCAUCCCCAAGUCAAGUCAAUUAUCCAGAAUAGAAGAAAAUGCUAGCAUUUUUGACUUUGAAUUGACUGAGGAUGACCUGAACAUUCUGGAUGGAUUGGAAGAGGACUUUAGGACAGGGCGGCCUAAAAUAAAGGAGCCGUGGAAUGGGUAGUUGUACAGAGCUUUUUGAGAACUGUUUACUUGUUUGAUCUACAUGUAUUCUGAGCAGUGUUCAUAUGGCAUUAAAAUAAUCUUGGACUGGAUAUGGUCAAUUAUUCAUUUCACUUUUUUACAUGUGGGUGAUAUCAUAUUAUAAUAAAUUAUAGGUAUUUGUCAAACAACUGAAUUUAAGGCAUUACAGCAUAAGGGUUGGUGAAUGGUACCUUGAAAAACGUGGGUCUCGGAAAAUUUUGGCAGGAUCUCGAAAUCUCAGAAACGUUUUUGAUAAGUCUUGAAACUUUUCACCAAAGAGUCUCGGGCUCGGAUUUCUAACUAGGAUCUCGGCGUCUCGGUGAUUCUCGGAUUUUACCAUUUGCCACCCCUAGCAUAGUACAGCAUAAUAUAUGGGUGCUUUUGCAUGUGAGAAAUGUGAAGAUGUUUUGAGUGGGUGAGUGGUGCUCUCUCCUUAUUUAUUUGAUAUAAAAAAUGAAAAAAGAUAAUAACAGUGCAUGGUGCUAUUCUAAUGUACAUGCUUAAUGACCUGAUGGUCUGGGUUUUGGUGACGGUACAUGUUUUCAGUUGGAAGCCUGGUAGCUGAGUGGUUAACUCCAUGACCUCAAUUUCUGUUGGUCUAGGUUUAAGACUUACAUUACUUUUUGUAGUCUCUCUUCACCCAGGUAUAAAAAUGGUACAGUACCCCCAGCCUAUUUCUAGUCUGGGGGUCAUCCUGCAGUGGACUGUCAUCC